CAUGGGGCGGAAGAACACAAUCCUCUUGGCAUUGAUCGCUGCUUUGUUCGCAAAGGAAGCCUUUGCAACUCAAUACGAUGUUGGUGGAAGCCAAGGUUGGGAUGAAUCCACAGAUUUUAACACAUGGUCCUCAGGAAAAACAUUCAAGGUCGGCGAUCAACUCGUUUUCAAGUACAGUUCUGGGUUGCAUAGUGUGGUUGAACUGGGAAGUGAGAGUGACUUCAAGAGCUGUGAUAUUAGCAAUCCAGUGAACUCCAUGAGCAGCGGGAACGAUGUCGUAAAAUUGAACAACGCAGGCACGAGGUACUUCGCUUGUGGUACCGCCGGCCACUGCGCACAAGGCAUGAAGGUGAAGAUUGCAAACAGUUGCUGGGAAUGCCCCUCCACGCCUUCUUCUUCUUCUUCUUCGUCGUCGUCGUCGUCGGCGUCUUCCCCUGCUUCUACUUCUGCAGCUUCAGCUUCACAAGGACUUACUGUUUACGUCAUGCUAAUUUUUGCAUUGUUAUUUGUAUGAGGAUCUGAAGAGCGGAACUCUGCGUUUGAGGAG